UGCAAGGAGUCAUUUUGUGACUGUGAGCGAUACAGUGUUCUGAGGUCGGCGAACAUUCGCUGUGACUACUGUGAUCACUGCCCCGGAUCGCAUGGAAAAUUAGACGAACUCGACAGCACUCCUUGGACUGGGGACUGGCAUGUUCGCGGCACAGAUGCUACUGAAGCUUCUGAACCACAAGAUUCUGGAGGAAACUGUGCAAAUGCAGACUUAUGUACCACAGCUCCUGGUGAAACAGUUGAGAGCAGCAGCUUACAACGCGCCAAUGACUUGUCCCUUCUGCCUACAAGAAGCACAAAUGAUCCGUCGCUGCUGCCUAAUACAAGCACCAGGGACCUGUCCUUGCUGCCUUCGAGAAGCGCCAAUGACCUGUCCUUGCCACCUACAAGAAGCACCAAUGAUCUGCCACUGCUACCUACGAAAAGCCAGGAAUUCUUUGAGUGGCUUCUUGAGAACUUGCCUACAUUUUCUCCGUGUGUGCAACCGCUCCUUGAGGGGAAAGUGCUUUCACAAAGACAGCACAAACAGCUAUGUCGCCAGCUCCGGACAGAAAUCGCACUCUUCUUAGAUGAGAAUGAUAUAAUCACCAGCAGCAACACUGCCCAAUGUCGUUGGAUGUACAAGGCCCUUGGAGAUGCUCUUGUAAAGAUGUACCCACACCUGAUGUGGGAUGAACCAAAGCCUGAAAGCCGGCUGCAGAAAACAAGAAGCCAGGUUUACAGUGCGUUCAUAAGGAGGCUGUCAGUGGCAAGAAAGGUCCGGAAGCACCGGGCAAGGAAAAGUGCUGUAUUAGUUGUGUCGCCGGCACCCCGAGCAACUAUCACAAAUGAGAACGCUGCUUCUGAACUACAGGCCCUAAGCUCUUCAAGUAUGAGUGCUGCAUCACUUGAUAUGCAAAGAAUGAGAAUCCUGCUGACGGUGACGCUCCCAGACCGCCGCAAUACACACAUGGACCCUCUCCCACAGUACUUUUUGGUGGAGGAAAUACUGUGCAUUGAGGUGGAACUUCGGUUUGGAUCGAAGAUAACAGAACUUGAGAACAAACUUGCUGCUGUGGUGCGAGUCUUCUCGGAAAAUGAAGAACGGGAAUGCACGCUGGUAGAUGUUAUGAAGCACAUACAAGGCAAUGUUGGGCACAGUCUCAUAUGUGAGAUGGCAUUGCCAGCUGAGGACCUCCAAGUAACAGCACCCCACAUUUACUGCACUCCUGAGAAGAUUUGUGUUUUUGCUGGCAGCCAAGCCGAACUGAUAACAGUCUCCAAGUCUGGAUUAGGACGGGCACUUAUUUUUUGCCUUUUGACUUACUAUAUUAAGAACUUAGAAUAUCCAUUUGCAUUUUUCCAAAUGCUUGCUCUCGUGCAAAAAGUUGUGCUGCCAGGAGACAAGCUUGUGAAAGGACUGCUUUCUCCUCGUCUGAAGCGUCUCUGUGCGCUCUUAAGCAAGAAAAAUGUAAUCUAGACUUUCCAUGUUUUUUACCAACUGUGAGGGGAAAGAAAAAAACAACAAACAGUAGAACCCCACUGAUACGUUUUUCACGGGACCCUAAAAAGUAAAUGUAAGAGCCGGGAAACGCAAGAGCCGAGAAACAGGAAAAAUUGAGAAAUGAGAGUAGUGUUGAAUUGCACACAAUAUUAUUUUAAUUCUUACAUUUGAAAAAAAAGUCAUAGCCCGAACGCCGAAGCAUCGAUUGCGAUAGCAAAUUAGUAGACAGCUAUACAAAGUAAGGAUAGUAGUUUUAUCGGCAGUAUAAACUUGUAAACAUUUACUUAUUACCUAUAUUAACAACCAUGGUGUCAGCGCCCACAACAAACAUGAAAACAUCACACUCGAUGAGCGUGGACACGCGCUGUCAAACGCUGGCGUGAAGAAGCGCUGCUGCAGCAGCGAGCGAAGUGACCUUUGUGCUGUUGUCUAUCGCUUCAACGCAAACCGAGCGCCGAGAACACGCACAAAGCUACAAGCCGCUGACGCACCUACACUGCCUAGACUCUGUCGUCUGCUACCCUCGCAGGCUUUUACUCGUGCGGCGACGGCGUUAUUGCCCUUGGACUUUAUACGGAGCAUCUAUAUAUGCGCCAAAACCAAUUUGAGGGCCACAACGCGUCAUAGACAGCAUCUUUUGAUAGCAAAUAUGGAUCUCAAAGGCCAUGCCUUUGCUGGCGGAAACCGAAAAUACGUCAUAGGUGUCGCCCCGGCACUUUGGGUGGCCAAUCCCAUCAUCAAGCUAUGCGACAUGAAAAGUCAAAAUGGCCGCUCUGGCCAGUGCGGGGUGGCAGUUCACAACGUAUGAAGCGGGAACGGUCCAACAGUUGUGACGCAACAGCGGGGUGACGAAUGCAUUGGGUUCUAUGGGAGCUCUGCCUGGACCGGCCGAAAACGACAAAACCAAUUCGCAGCAUCCGGGAACGCAGCACCCGGGAACAUAACAGCGGGCUUCUACUGUAUGUGAUUUAGUUCAAAGCUGUUGGUUAGCUCCAAAGGUGGGAGAGGCUUAUUCCAUAAGCAGCUGUUUUUUUGUUUUUUUCACGUCAUUCCUUGUUUACUUCUAGUCACAAGCAGUGCAUUUAAUUGCUCUAGUCAUUUGUUCGUCUCCCUUCUGGUGGAGGAUGGUUAAUUUUGUUUUACUUGCGUAUUUAUAGGCCUCAGAAUUUCUUAUAAACAUAGUUUAAGCAUUUAAUUCACCCACGUAGAUGGUUCUGUUUUGCAAAGAGUAAUGCACUCUAUUUGCCCUUCUUUGCUCAGUACUAGUAGAUCGGUAUAUAUCUGCACCUGUGCAGAAAUCUAGUAUUGUAGUUAUUAAAUAGCAUCAAUUGUGAUAUGUUUGUCAUUUCACACAGUUGUGCUUCGCUGACUGUAUAUGGUAGGUCUCAUGGAUGGUAUUUUUGUAUCAGAUCUUGUUGAAGAAUAAACUUGUAAUAAUUUCGCACCUGAGAGUACUCCAACUUAUUUCGCGAGAACGUUCACAGAAUGGUAAACGGAACAGCUUAUUACAAAGGCUCAGGUGCAUAGUUAGGAAGUGAAAUAUGACAUUGCCUUCAAGUACAUCAAAGAAACUCAUUGUCACCAUAUCAUUGCCAGCAGCGCUUUGCAGUAUG